AUGGCUCAACAACGCAGUUUCAGCAGCUCCCAGAGCCCCCACAGCUCUACGCCUGCUUCUACUCCCGGUGUCGCUUGUGGCGUCACUCCCAUGGCCACCACAACCUUUUCCAUCUUCCAGGAGGGUCCGGGUCAGCCGCUCGUGUUCGCCCCGCCUAUGGGCACCCCGGAACUCCAGGCUCUAGUCGAUCUCUUCAUCGCCCUUGAUAUCCCCGUCUCCAUGAAGAUGGAGAUGAUCCAGCGCGACUUUGAGUCUCACACCCAGCGAACAAACGAGCGGUACAAGACAUACAUCGUCCCCACUGCCUCCAUCACCACGUCGUCGGGCUUCACUGCGAGCCCCAGCCCGGUUUUUCCCAACGCUGUCGAGCCGACAUACCAGUCGGGCUCCGCGUCCGGAGGCAGUGGCAGUGGAAGCGGCAGCGGAAGCAGCAAUUCGUUCCUGGAGAUAGCUCCGGCAUCGGGACCGCCGCCUAAUGACUUGGAGCUGGCCAAUUCUCUCUUCUCGCUCCCCCUGUUCCCAGCCCCAGCGCAGUUCACCGGCGACUAUCCUAUGGCCACCAUGGCCGCUAUGGCCGGACCUGUGCUUUCACCCGCCGCUCCGACCUGGACUCCUUCCGCAGCAGUACAUGCGCCCUCGCGUGUGACCGCUUCUUGGCAGCCCACGCAGCGGCAGCACCAGCAGCACCAGCAACACCAGCAACGACGAUGGCAACGACAGCACCACCGACCGAGCCGACUUCCCGACAACAGCAUGCAGAUCGUCACGCGAGAUGGUGAGGACGUUACCCAUAUGACCAGCCGUUCUACGCGCACCCGCGAGGAGAGAGAAAACACCAAAAUCGUUCGGCAGCGCGGUGCUUGCGCUGACUGUCGGCGCAAGAAGACGCGAUGCGACCCGAGCCACCAUAUGGGCACUGUCCAAGACAGCACAAGCAGCACGAACCGCACAGCUCCUUAUGCCGUUCCAGCGCAGUCGGGCCGUGCAAAGGAGGAGGCGAACGCGGCGCAGGCUGCCCAGGCCGCAAAGGACAAGGUAGAGGGCAAGAGACCAGUGACCAUUGCAGAUCCGGUGAUCAUGGCUCCGCAGACGCCGAGCGCCUUUUUGUCCGAACCCGCCAGAGAUCCGGCCACUACCGUUGUCGACGACAUCAAUACACUGGGAUGGGACAUGCUCCGAGACUCUUUCGAUUGGGCCCAGCUGUCUGACCAAGGCCGUCUGUUCACCGAAGUGGAGCUUGACCUGGAACUCGCCACCUCCCUGAACGAAGGCUUCCCUGCAGCAUUCUCCCCGGCUCACUUCUCCAACCAGGCCACGGCCACUGGCCUGGCCCAGAGCUCGUACGGUACCUUGGUCCAGCCCCAAUCCCUUACCCGGCAAUUGAUCGGUCAACAACGACCACAACAACAAACCCAAGGAGCUUUGGCUUCUGGUACUGAGACUCACUUCGGCGACGAACUAGCAGGCUUGUCGGAAGUUAUUGUCUCGCCUUCUAUCCCCCACGACGUGCCUCUGGAUCCCUCUACCCCUGCUCGAUGCAGUCUUGGCGAGGAGGGCGUUUCCACAAUGUCGUCUGCACUCUUAUUUAGUGCCACCGACAUGACGGCAGCCGCUGGCUUGGAAGAGUCUCAAACCUCUCGCAUCGUGGAGAGAGACGCAGCGACAGGCCAAGAUGGGGAUGAAGACGGCCGAAAUCAACACCACGGUGGCCCUGGCUGCGACGGCUGCGAUGGAUGUGAUGGGUGCGAUGGAUGCGACGGAUGCGACGGAUGCGAUGGGUGCGAUGGGUGCGAUGGACUUGCGGGCUGCGAUGGCGGCUCCAGUCUCAACUCCGUAUCAGUUGCCAGCGGUUCUGUUACUGAGACCUCCCUGAACGACAGCCACACAGCAACAUAUGCUGUGCAGCCGUCACAGAGGAGGAGAGUCAGUAGCAGACUAGCAGCCAGGGCUGAGUCGGAGAGGCACGGUGGUACAUCAAUCGGGCAGACUCCUGUUGCAGCCAGUGCCACAGAGGUUGUUUCCAGGCCUUUGGACGCUGUGGCCUUGUGUGCUGGCUUGUCCACACUGAUGACGUCGCUGAUUCCGUCUUUGCUCAUCUGGCGCGCAUCUCAGGCUUCCCGUGGCUCUGUGUCGGAGGUCACAUACGGCGUGGAGAGACUGUUUGUGGGCUCUUCGUCCGUCAUUUGCCAAUAG